CUUUCAUUAUUGAACAAAAAAAAUUCAACAGACUAGCGACCCGGUGUUGUGGACCUCGGAUAUUUUUAGUCUGUUUAGGGUUUUGAUUUUCUAUAAGUUCAUUGUCGUUCGCAGAAACAGUGAACUGGGUUCGUGGAGUUGAGAAAGCGGGUAUAAAGAACCAACCAUGAUUACGUCAGCUGCUGGAAUCAUUUCUCUCCUGGACGAGGAGGAGCCCCAGCUCAAGGAGUUUGCACUUCACAAACUGAACUCCAUCGUUAAUGACUUCUGGGCUGAGAUAUCGGGAUCGGUUGACAAAAUCGAGGUCCUGUAUGAAGACGAGACAUUUCGUAGCCGGGCCUUUGCUGCCUUGGUGGCAUCUAAAGUGUUCUACCACCUUGGGGCUUUUGAUGAGUCGCUGAACUAUGCCCUGGGUGCCGGAGACCUUUUCAAUGUCACAGACGACUCGGAGUACGUGGAGACUAUUAUCGCCAAAUGCAUUGACCACUACACCAAGCAGCGCGUGGAAAAUGCGGAGCUUCCUGAGGACGAGGAGAAGAAGAGUAUCGACCCCCGGCUGGAAGGCAUUGUUAACAAGAUGUUCUUGCGUUGCCUGGGCGACCACAAGUACAAGCAGGCCAUCGGCAUUGCCCUGGAGACGCGACGCCUGGACAUUUUUGAGAAGACCAUCCUCGAAUCGAAUGACGUUAGUGGCCUCCUAGCUUACAGCCUGAAGGUCUGCAUGUCUCUGAUGCAGAACAAGAAGUUCCGCAAUGAGGUCCUCCGUGUGCUGGUAAAGCUCUACAUGAAUCUGGAGAAGCCUGACUUCAUCAAUGUUUGCCAGUGCCUGAUCUUCCUGGAUGACCCGCAGGCGGUGAGUGACAUCCUGGAGAAGCUGGUGAAGGAAGACAACCUGCUGAUGGCCUACCAGAUCUGCUUCGACUUGUACGAGAGCGCCAGCCAGCAGUUCCUCUCUUCUGUCAUUCAGAACCUGCGCAUGGUUGGCACUCCCAUCCCCGCCGUGCCCGGUUCCACUAACAUUGGCACCGUGCCCACCCCGGACAAGGACAGCGACGCAAUGGAGACAGACGAUAAAGCCGGCAGCUCCCCUUCAGGAAAAACUGCAGAUGUUAAGGACGAGCCUAAGGACCAGAACGCAAAGAUGAUUAAAAUUCUCAGUGGAGAAAUGGCCAUUGAGUUGCAUCUGCAGUUCCUCAUUCGGAACAACAACACAGAUCUAAUGAUCCUCAAGAAUACAAAGGAUGCAGUACGGAAUUCGGUGUGUCACACAGCCACGGUCAUAGCCAAUUCCUUCAUGCACACAGGGACCACCAGUGACCAGUUCCUCAGGGAGAACUUGGAGUGGCUUGCACGGGCCACCAACUGGGCCAAAUUCACAGCCACAGCGAGUCUUGGUGUCAUUCACAAGGGCCACGAAAAAGAGGCUCUGCAGCUGAUGGCCACCUACCUGCCCAAGGACACCUCUCCCGGAUCAGCCUACCAGGAGGGAGGAGGUCUGUAUGCCCUUGGGCUGAUCCAUGCCAACCACGGUGGUGACAUCAUCGACUACCUGCUUAGCCAGCUCAAGAAUGCCAGCAACGAUAUCGUCCGUCACGGCGGGGGUCUGGGUCUGGGCCUGGCUGCCCUGGGAACGGCCCGGCAGGAUGUGUACGACCUGCUGAAGUCCAACCUCUACCAGGACGACGCAGUCACAGGCGAGGCGGCGGGUCUGGCCCUGGGGCUCGUCAUGCUGGGCUCCAAGUCGGCCCAAGCCAUCGAGGACAUGGUCGGAUACGCCCAGGAGACGCAGCAUGAGAAAAUCCUGCGCGGCCUGGCCGUGGGUAUCGCCAUGGUGAUGUACGGGCGCAUGGAGGAGGCCGACACGCUUAUCGAGAGCCUCUGCCGGGACAAGGACCCCAUCCUGCGGCGUUCCGGCAUGUACACGGUGGGAAUGGCAUACUGCGGCUCCGGGAACAACAAGGCCAUCCGACGCCUGCUGCAUGUGGCUGUGAGUGACGUGAACGACGACGUCAGGAGGGCCGCGGUGGAAUCUAUCGGAUUCAUCAUGUUCAGGACCCCAGACCAGUGUCCCAGUGUGGUGUCCCUCUUGUCUGAGAGUUACAACCCCCAUGUGCGCUGUGGAGCAGCCAUGGCCCUGGGCAUCUGCUGUGCUGGGACCGGAAAUAAGGAGGCUAUCAACCUGUUGGAACCCAUGACCAAUGACCCGGUGAACUAUGUUCGACAGGGCGCCCUAAUUUCCUCUGCCCUCAUCAUGAUCCAGCAGACCGAGGUCACCUGUCCCAAGGUGAACCAGUUCCGGCAGCUCUAUUCCAAGGUCAUCAACGACAAACACGAUGACGUCAUGGCCAAGUUCGGGGCCAUCCUGGCCCAGGGCAUCCUGGAUGCAGGUGGCCGUAACGUCACCAUUUCCCUUCAGUCCAGGACCGGCCACACCCACAUGCCAUCAGUGGUGGGCCUACUGGUGUUCACGCAGUUCUGGUUCUGGUUCCCACUCUCACACUUCCUCUCCCUGGCCUUUACCCCGACCGCCAUCAUCGGCCUCAACAAGGACCUUAAGAUGCCCAAGGUGCAGUAUCGUUCCAACUGUAAGCCCUCCACCUUCGCCUACCCCCCAGCCCUGGAGGUGCCCAAAGAGAAGGAGAAGGAGAAGGUGUCUACAGCAGUUCUGUCUAUCACAGCCAAAGCCAAGAAGAAGGAGAAGGAGAAGGAGAAGAAGGAGGAGGAGAAGAUGGAAGUGGAGGUGCAGGAGGCUGAGAAGGAGAAGAAAGAUGAGGAGAAGGAAAAGGAGAAAGAGAAGAAGAAAGAACCUGAGCCCAGCUUCCAGCUGAUGGAGAACCCAGCCAGAGUGAUGCCCGCCCAGCUCAAAGUCCUCACCAUGCCCGAGACGUGCCGAUACCAGCCCUUCAAACCGCUUCACACCGGUGGCAUCAUCAUUAUGAAGGACACCAGCGAGGAAGAGGAAGAGCUGGUGGAGCCCGUCUCUGCCCACGGCCCCAAGAUUGAGGAGGAGGAACAAGAGCCAGAGGCCCCUGAACCCUUCGAGUAUGUUGACGAGUGAAGAGCCUCUUAAAAAGGUGGUGCUCCCAGGCUUCUACAGGAAGAAUUCAACAUCCCAGCAUGCAUCCCUUUAUCUCCCCUCCUCCACCUUUUACACGUUCCUUCCCUGUCCUGGCCCCCCUUUGUCAGACAGGGAAUGUUUUACAUUCUCUUGUUAAAUGCUCUAAUUUUCUGUCAGUACAAUAAAAAAAGGAUAUAUAUUGGA